UGUGUCUCGUGGUGUAAAAUGAAGAUGAUUUCUGGAAGAAUUUUAUUUAGUUUUACAUGUGUUACAAUAAAGUGAUAUAAUGAACAUGGAUACAGGUGAUAGUGGGAAUGUACCCCUGCAGUCAAGGCCAGAAACAGCAGAGGAAGAGAUAGAGCAAGAUGAAUGUUCAAAAAGUAUUGCUAGCAUAGCUACAGUGGAAGCUGGUAGUAACACUGCUAGCAGAUCAAACAGUGCAACUGUGAGCUGUGACCACAAUAGUGAGAGAAACAGCAGAGAAACUGGUGAUGGUUCACGGGAUAUUUCAACACCUUCUACAAGACAACAGACUCAGCAACAACGGAGGUCUUCAAGAUGUGGUGCUGCAGCUGUGCAUCCAACACCUAUUGGUCUUGCAGUCCGGGAAGCUUUUGGUAUUGUUAUUUCAUAA